CCUCCCAUUUUCCAUAGGUUUCGCAAGGUUUGCAUGGGCGGUAGUGUGCGUCUGUCUGCUGUAAGAAUUGAAUCGUUUUGGCAUGAAAUUCGUGUACAGUAUUUGAAUUUGUUGAGGCAUGUCCAAGAAAAGGGGCAGAAAGCGGAGUAGCGGGGAGCUGAGUGACACCACAGUGAUGACCCCUGACCCCAACAGUCUCCUGGGAGUGAGAAUACAACACAACUGGAGGGAGAAGGGCAACCAGAGCAAAUGGAAAGGCACCGUCCUGGACCGUCUCAGUGUCAACCCCUCACUAUUCAUGGUCAAGUACGACGGGUUUGACUGCGUCUACGGCAUCGAGCUAUUCAAGGACGAAAGGGUGUCUAAUCUACAGGUCCUCCCAGAGAAACUUGUCAACAACAAGAUCAAGGUUCCUCACGGGGCAGAGGAGUUGGUAGGCAAAGCGGUGGAGCACCUUUUUGAGAAGGAGGAUGGAGAGAAGAAUGAGUGGCGAGGCAUGGUCCUCUCCAGGGCUCCCAUCAUGACUAACUGGUAUUACAUCACCUAUGAGAAGGACCCCGUGCUAUACAUGUACCAGCUGUGGGACGACUACGCCGAGGGAGAUCUCAGGAUCUUACCUGAAGCAGAAAAUAAGCACUUGCUUCCGGCCGACCGAAAGCCAGGCGAGGAGACUGAGAGCCUUGUGGGUAAGCAGGUGGAAUAUGUUACUGACAAAGGUGUGAAGCGAACAGGCCUAGUGAUCUACCAAGUCCCUGCCAAGCCCUCCGUAUACUACAUCAAAUACGACGAUGACUUUCACAUCCAUGUCUACGACCUGGUCAAGACCACAUAGGACACUUGUUUACUCACUCCAUCGCUUACUUUUCACUUAUCCUCCUCUCUCGCUCUUUCUAUCUCUCAAACUCUCUAAAGGCCCUGGAGGGUAUAACAGUUAUGCUUUAUCAUUCAGGAAGUGCAAUCUAUUAGUCCACAUUGAAUCUAGUUCUAUGAUAUGCACAGCAGAACUGUAGCAAUGCAAUUGUAGGCCACUAGGAGGAGGGUGGGAACGUGUACACUUGGAAGGACCUUUUUACCCUCCCCAUGUCUUUGGUAACCCCAUUUGGUGGUUGUGCUCCACAGUAGACUCACACCUUGGACAGUCCAGGAGUGCACCUUGCCCUAUGACAGACUUAGAGUAGAGUGCAAUAACGACCACAUUUCAAUUGUCUCUCACAUCCCGAUGCUCAAUUAGCUUAAUUCAAAGCUGAACUGAAUUAUAUAUUAUAAAACUAAAAGCUGCCCCCAAUAGCCAUUCAUAUUUGGUCCUUGAAUGACCAAACAUCGAGCAUGAUGUAUAAGUGAAUAUUUGUAGAGACUAGUUUGAGCUGUUUUGUUCAGUGAAGUGUUAGCUUUGAAAGUGAAAUGCAGUAAGCUGUGAUGCCCCUGAAAGCAUCAUUACAUUUACAUUUUAGUCAUUUAGCAGACGCUCUUAUCCAGAGCGACUUACAGGAGCAUUACAUUUUUGUUGUUGUCUUUAUUAAUAGGCAACUAACUAUGUUUGAUUUGUGUCAGUCAGUUCAUAGACAAUCAUUCCUUGAUAAACCCACAGUGCUAUCAUUGGGUUUAUAGCAUUAGGUUACACUGGCCUAGGAGUAGUGUAUAGCGGUGUUUCCCAACUCCAGUCCUCCAGUACCCCAAACAGCACACAAUUUUGUUGUUGGCCCCGACAAACUCACCUGAUUCAACUCAUUGAGGGCUUGAUGAUUAGUUAACAAGUGGAAUCAGUGUGCUUUUCUAGGGCCACAACAUAUUUUUUUGCUGUUGGUGGUAUUGGAGGACUGGAGUUGAGAAGCACUGGUGUAUAGUGAUGGUUCAAUCACUAUUUUGAACCGCCUCAUAUAACAUUAUUCAUAAUGCUGAAUCAAGACUUGUUAGAAACAAGGAAUACAGGUCUUCAUAAAGUUAGGGCCAGGAGUUUUUCUUGACCACACAACCUGAUGAGUUUGUCCAGAUCAGGAAAACUCCUGGCCCUAACAAUACCUGACAUGUUCAGAACAUCAUCAGACUGUAUGAUUAGCUUGAGGAGUAGAAUAGAGGCAGUGCUUUACACUAAAUUCUGAUCUUCAAUA